GCAAUACUUCCGGGUUGGCGUUGCAGUGGUGCUUACGACUGUGGGAGCCUCGGCUUCCCAGUCGUCCGAUGAGCCCGAGCAGCUGAGUCCCUUCCCUGUCUUUCACUCUUCUGGCAUCGGUGGUUUUACUUCUUCUUCGAUUGAACCCUGCUUCCUCGACCCCCCAGGGAGGCCGCCUCCUUCAGGCGCCUCCCUUCUCUCCACGAACUCGCUCUGACAGCUGAGGAACUGGCAAGAUCCUGCUACCCAGAGGGUGAAUGGGUAUCUUUCCCGGAAUAAUCCUAAUUUUUCUAAGGGUGAAGUUUGCAACGGCGGCCGUGAUUGUAAGCGGACACCAGAAAAGUGCCACUGUAAGCCAUGAGAUGUCUGGUCUGAAUUGGAAACCCUUCGUAUAUGGCGGCCUUGCCUCUAUUGUUGCUGAGUUUGGAACUUUCCCUGUGGACCUGACCAAAACACGACUUCAAGUUCAAGGCCAAAGUAUUGAUGUCCGCUUCAAAGAGAUAAAAUACCGAGGAAUGUUUCAUGCCUUGUUCCGAAUCUAUAAGGAAGAAGGUGUAUUGGCUCUGUAUUCAGGAAUCGCUCCUGCUUUACUAAGACAGGCAUCAUAUGGCACCAUUAAAAUUGGCAUUUACCAGAGCUUGAAGGGAUUAUUUGUAGAACGUUUAGAAGAUGAAACUCUUUUAAUUAAUAUGAUAUGUGGGGUAGUGUCAGGAGUGAUAUCUUCCACUAUAGCCAAUCCCACCGAUGUGCUAAAGAUUCGAAUGCAGGCUCAAGGAAGCUUGUUCCAAGGCAGCAUGAUUGGCAGCUUCAUUGAUAUAUACCAACAAGAAGGUACCAGGGGUCUGUGGAGGGGUGUUGUCCCAACUGCUCAGCGGGCUGCCAUCGUUGUGGGAGUAGAGCUACCAGUCUAUGACAUUACGAAGAAGCACUUAAUAUUGUCAGGGGUGAUGGGAGACACGAUCUUAACUCACUUUGUUUCCAGCUUUACGUGCGGCUUGGCUGGGGCUCUGGCUUCCAAUCCAGUUGAUGUGGUUCGAACUCGCAUGAUGAACCAGAGGGCAAUUGUGGGACAUGUGGACCUCUACAAGGGCACUUUGGAUGGUAUUUUAAAGAUGUGGAAACAUGAGGGCUUUUUUGCACUCUAUAAAGGAUUUUGGCCAAACUGGCUUCGACUUGGACCCUGGAACAUCAUUUUUUUUAUUACAUACGAGCAGCUCAAGAGGCUUCAGAUCUAAGGACUGAAUUGUAUGUGAGUCAAGCCCUGCCAACCUUUCUACUCUUCUUUUCCCUUUUUCUGUGUUCUAAUGUAUUUUGACAAAGUUGUAAGUGUUUACUGAACCAUUGGUCUCCCAAGGCCCUCCUGAUGGAAGAACGAUAGGAUGGUUCAAAAUUGCUCAUGUGUUUGUGUUGCCAUGUGAACUUUUCCCUUAGAGGAAGUAUUAACAUUGAGACUCUGGCCCCAGAUUGGUAUCUUCUGUGAAGAUGGAUACUGAUAGAUGACACUCAAAAUGACCUUCUCUUCAAAUGUGGCUUAAAUGUAGUUUGUUAGCCCCAGACUUGGGCUAGAGCAGAAGGUAUAGGCCAGGGCAGUUACUGCUAUUUAUGUUACAGACCUCGGUUCUCAUUAAAGUAUUUAUUGGCAGAA